GACAUGUAUAAUACGUGUAAGAACAUUGCGUAAAGACAUAUAUUCCUGACAGAUUUACGUACGUCAGUGCGCAAUCCUCCCAUAGGGCAGCGCGUGUUGUACGUAGCCAUCUUGUGUACGGCAAAGGAAGAACCGCCGUUAGCUAGACAAGAUAAAUAUACUAACAGUCAAUAGAGCUGCAAACAGUCAGAGUAUACAUCUAUCAGAUUAUAAUAAAAUAAAAAAACGAUAGUGAACAUGUAUUAUUAUGCCUCAAGAUGUCUCGUCGCUGUGUUUGGAGGACAAAUUGUGUUUUUGAAGACAAGAGAGUGUUAAAAACUAAAGGAGCCUCAGACUCGAGUGACUCGAGCCACUGGAGUUUCAUUCGCGACAGCGGCCUGACAGAAACUCUUACACCGGGACAUGGCCUUUAUUUAGGCCACGGAAAAUAAGGAUACGCGAUCGGCAAGCUUCAACACAGCUGGGGAAAGCUGUCAUUUUGUUUGGAGUUCAAGCAUUAAGGAUAUAAUCGACUAAAAAUGCUGCAAUGAGGACGCGCGCGCGCUGACAGAUCUCCGAGGGAGUCUCAAGUUAGCGCGACGCUAACGGAACAUUAUAUGAUAUAUUCUCAUAUAAACUGUGUUACUGCUUUUGAACUGAAGCUAGACGAUUUAGCCUAACCCUUCAAAGUCGGGGACAUAGACCUAAAGGGGCCAAAAUGUCAAAAAUGCCGUCAAAAAAGAAGAGCUGCUUUCAGAUCACCAGCGUAACGCAGGCGCAGGUGACGGCCAACAGCAUCACGGACGAUACCGAGAGUUUGGACGACCCGGAGUCUAGAACCGAGGACAUGUCCUCAUCUGAGAUAUACGACAUAUCCAAAAGCGGAGAUUUUGAGCCGGAGACGUGUGACGUCAGUUUAUCGGACGAACCGCUGAAUAACGAAUCGGAAACAUCUGGCACGAUAGUGCAGGAAGGUCUCACAUCAGUACCUGGUUCUCGUUACCCAGGUGCUGUUCAUAUAAACCCAAAUGUUCGUGGGGCUUCAAGCCAAAUGAGCACUGCCCCUUCCCAUCAUUCAUCUUCAGUUACAAGCAGUGUUGUUUCUAAUGCACCAUCAUCCAUGGCACAGACAUCUACAUCGGUUAGCAGUUCUGCUACAGUAAGUAGUUGCAGUUCCCGUUUCAGGGUCAUCAAACUAGACCAUAGUACAGGCGAGCCCUUCAAAAGGGGUAGGUGGACUUGCGCUGAGUUUUAUGAAAAAGAUACGGAUGGUACCACAUCCGGACGCACUGCGGAUAAUGUGAAACAUGCCGGCACCUUGGACCAUAACGCGGACAGGGAUGGUUUGGUGACUACUCCUGUUGUGCUUUCAACAGAACCACAUAAUGAUAGUGGUUAUGCAUCUGCACCAUCUAAUCCACCUGUGGAGUUUCCACAGCAGAGUAAUGGCUAUUCACAGCAGGGACUCGUAUCCCAUAGUUUGCACACCGGUGGUGCGCAUAUUCAACACGUCAAAUCUCCCAGCAUGCCUUCUACGACUCAGCCACAGCCAAUAUACCAAGGUCAACAGGCACAAAAUCCCGGUCAGAUGCUUCCUACUGUCAUUCCAACAAAUCAACCAGACUUCAGAUCGCAGCAUCCCUUGGAAGCUCCUGGCUCCUCCUUGACCUCGCCUCCCCUCGGAGUCCCAUUGAACCAGGGCCCAUCUCCUGCCAUGGCUCCUGCAGUGGGUGGCACACACGUACUCGGAUUAAUGGCUAUGCCAGAGCAUGUUCAGGGCCUUUUACAGCAGCCCUGCAUCGGCGCAGCUCUUGGGACCGUGUCAGCCACAGCUGUUGUUGUUCCACAGCCACUCAUUCAACCAGCAGUAACUGUGUCUGUCACCCCCCAAACUGUGGUCCCUGGUGUACAAAAUGUGCCUGUUGUUAUGUCCAGUGCCUCGAAUACCCCUCACAACAUGCCAAACCAUACUCCAGUCCCCGUUUUACAGAACCAGCCUCAGGGAAUCCCCAGUGGUUUAGUUGUGGGACUGGGCACGCAGACAGCCCCCUUCAGCUUCAGCCAGCUUCCCACUGGCAUCACCCUGGCUGAACAUACCCGGAGGAAGUCUGAUGCGCUACCUCAGAGCUCUGUCAUUUUAGGAAAAGAUGUCACAAAGACCCUGAAUGCCGAUGGCUUGCAGCUUUCCACACCUGCUGUCAACAGUCUGUUUGGAAUAUCCAUUCCCAUAGAUGGGGAUGAAGACAGGAACCCUUCCACAGCUUUCUAUCAAGCCUUCCCAAACUGCAGGUCAAAGGUCAUCAGUGAUGGUGCAUCAGGCGCCAGUGUUGUGGCCAUAGAUAACAAGAUAGAGCAAGCUAUGGAUCUUGUAAAAAGCCAUUUAAUGUACGCUGUCCGUGAGGAAGUGGAAGUCUUGAAGGAGCAGAUCAAGGAGCUCUAUGAAAGAAACUCUAUGCUGGAAAGAGAAAAUGCAGUAUUAAAAUCUCUGGCCAACACCGAACAGUUGAGCCAGCUCUCCGGUCAGCCCAAUAACCCCGAAAGCACUUCACCCCAACAGACACCAGUAAACGCCAUCCUACAGGAUGGGAGCAAUCUCGUGGCCUUGCCCCCACAACCCAACGUUUCCACGGCGUGAGAAAUUCAUCAACAUUACAUGAAAAAGUCUGCAAAGGAGAUUACAGUUGGCCACCUCAUGGAGAGCCAUGCUUCAAUUGUACAUGCUGCUUGGCUUUCCCAGUAUUAAGACAAUCAUUUUGGGAGAAGCUCGCGUUUGGGUUGAAGAGGGUUGCGGCAGGUUGUCCCAGGCACGGUGCAAGGAUGCUGAGAUGACCGUUUAGCAGGACGCCUGUGGUGUAUGUCCAUUACUAGACUUUGCUAAGGUUGGACAAACACCGAUUUAGUAACCAGUACCAUGGAAAGGCCGGAAGUUUGGUGUUUUUCGAGAGCCAGCAUGAUUUAAAUCCCAUCUUGUCUGUUUCAAUUUACAGUUUGCGUAUAUUUAUUAGAGGGCUGCUAUUUUCAUAAUGUAAAUGAACAAUGCAACAGAGGUCUAUUAAAUAAAGAAACUUUUUUUGGUUUCUGAAAUGUAAAAGAGAUGUUAGUGCAUCGACAACUUAAUUGUUAAUUUGCAUCAAGUUUUAGGCAAUAAUAUCCCCGUGGCACAGUUCCAACUCCAACUAAAGGUUGAAUAAUCUUUGGCAUUGCUGAUAUACAGUCCUGUAUGGUUGGAUUGAUUGGGGUUGAAUGUAUAUGUGUAUAGAUUGUAAAGUAUUAUAAGUAGCCAUUUGUACAGAUGAGCACCAGUUAUCAAGUAUUUCUCUAAGUAUAGUUGCCAUAAUUCCCCAACAUUUGUCACUUAUUGUAUCCGAAUUAUAAAAAAACAAAACAAAUCUGGGUGGGGGAAAAGCUGUGAAUUUCUUCAUACAAGUAUAUUUGUAACCAAAGAAGAAAAUAUGUAGAUUUGUUUUGUAAUGCACACUUUCUGAUUCAUUUUUUUAUCUUUCUUUGCUGGUAAGCAUGUUUUGCAUGAUCUGUUUUCUUACCUCAUGUUUUUUAUUUUCUACAUAACUUUCAAGGAAGUCUGUGAACGAUAUUAUUCGACUUAUAUGAACGGUGAAGGGUAAUUUUUGGCCCCAGUAAUACAACCCUGAAAGUGGGAAAAAAUGAGCCAUUUUGUUUUUUUGUCAAACUUGAUGCAUAUAGUGUUUAUUACAUUGCAGAAAAUGUACAAAAUACAUUACAAGUUUUGUUUCUUGAAAUAGUUUACACUUACAAAUUAAAGAUAAAUUAGUCAUCGUCACAAAGAAUCACAAUCACAGAUAUACUCAUUCAAGUAUAGGGCAUGUCCUGUUUUAUUGUCUUUCUUUUGUGCCUUGUGUAUCAUAAACUUUACAGCACUCUGUUUUUUUUUUUUGCCCAAUAGAGCCAAAUAGAAAUUGUACAAUCACAUCAGUCCGCAUCACCUGCAAAACGUAUGGUUUGCUUUUUUAUUUGUUGAAGGAAUUGUAGUAUACAAGCAAAAUGUAUUAAGCUUGAUCACUGAGCCUUUGAGAAUAUCUUAAUACCCUUGUAAUGUGUUGUUUUGAAAAGUUUAGUUUUCUGUCAAGAAUAAAUUACUGUUCUAUUGAAAACUGGA